CCUUUCAGCAUGUCUACCAAGAGCUUCAUUCCCUUUUGAGACCAACAAUUUUAAUAAUAUAAUCAUCCAUUUUUGUUGUAUUCAUUGCGUAUUAAUAUCAAAUACCAAUGGCCAUCUCGAGAAAGCUUGUUAAACCUCUUUCUCUGCUGCUCCUUUACAUGGUAUUAUUAGCAGAAUCGCCACCGCACGCCGAAGCGGCAAUCACAUGUAGCACGGUGGUCAACAGCCUAAUUCCGUGCCUUAGCUACGUAAUGAACGGCGGUAAGGUGCCGCCGACUUGCUGCAAGGGGAUUAAAUCCCUCUAUGGCGCCGCCAAGACCACGGCGGAUCGCCGGAGUGUUUGCUCGUGUUUGAAAACCGCUGCCUCAAGUGUUAGUGGUAUCAACUUUAAGAAUGCUGCUGCCCUUCCUGGCAAAUGUGGCGUCAAAAAUAUUCCCUUCAAGAUUAGCCCUAAAGCCGAUUGCUCAAUGGUGAAGUAAAAGACAGCAUGAUGUAUGGGAAUAUAUAUAAUAUAUCAAGCAAAACUGAACUCUGUAUGACAAAUAUAGAGUGAGAAUAAUAGUUCUAUUGUCUCUAUUCUUGUUAGAGAUAUUUAAAUGUGUUUUUGUGACUGUCUUUAAUUUGGUUUUCAAUGGUUGUGUAUCAUGAAUAUCGUGUUUCAUCCAAUGAUCAUCAAUUAAUGUUUUGCAGA